UAACAGAGUUAGCAUGGUAACAGAGUGUCAGGAAGGCAGGGAAUAAAAUAACGUUUUUAAAUACGUAAUGACUCCGAUUCGAGUUAUAUGUACCAGUAGAGAUGGACUUUAAUUAGUCUAAAAAUAGUGACGUAUUGUUUAAGGCUUUAUCUUUAAGUAUUUACAGGUUAUUUUGAUUGUAGCUCAUUAGCUUUAGGCUAACAGGAGUUGGUUCGUUCAGUUUGUGUUUAAUAUUCAUAACAAUCUUGAAUCUGAGAGAUUCUGACCCUAAAGGGGAAUGUAGAUUUUACAAAUGUGAGUUAGGAUGUGUGAUUGUGUUCCUCCGAGGAGAGAAGACGCGGUGGUUCUGUUCUGGUUCUGGUUCUGAUCAGGUGAUGGCACCGACUCGGAUGAAGCUGCGCCGGCGGGACACGGCGCCGGCAGCCGCUCCAGCAGGAGGCGCUCUGGAGGGAGACGCAGACAGAACCAGAGAGAGCCGGCGGAGCAGCAGGAGGAAGAACGCCAGCAAGGCCUCGGCCCCCGCCGCCCCCGCCUCGUCUCCUCCCUCCACCUCGUCCGGCGCCGCGAGGCCCGCCGUGGCAGCCGAGGCGUCCCCCGACUCCAAGUGUCCCAUCUGCCUGGACCGCUUCAAUAACCUGGCGUACCUGGACCACUGCCUGCACCGCUUCUGCUUCCCCUGUAUCCAGGAGUGGUCGCACAACAAGGCGGAGUGUCCGCUCUGCAAGCAGCCCUUCGCCUCCAUCUUGCACUCAGUGCGCGCCGAGGACGACUUCAAGGAGUACACGCUGCAGCCGCCGCCACGCGCCGCCAACCAGCUCACCGCUAGCACCUUCCUCACCACCGUGGCUGCCAUGACGGCGGACGGCGCGCAGCACCACCUUCGGCUGAUGCUGAGGCGGCACCUGGUGGCGGCCGACAGGGACGCCGUGCGGCGGCGGCGCAGGCGUGAGCGGGCGGCGAGCGGUCGCAGGUCGACCGACCGCGUCGGGGAGUGGGAGUUUUUCAUGCACUCUCCGCCGCUGCCCGUCUCGCCGUACCACCUGGACAUGUCGGAGCUCAUCAUGGACAACAUGCGGGUGGAGGAGGUCGCCGAGGAGAUGAUGAGGAGAGACGAGGAGCGGCGGCAGGCGCUGAGCGAGGAGCUGGCCGGCCUGCGGGGCGCGGCGGCCCCCAGCGCCCGCGCAUCACGCCGCCUCAUGUGCCGCCUGGCGGUCCGGCAGCGGCUGCAGCGGGAGGGCAGCACCGUCCAGAUGAGGGAGAGGGAGGUCACUGCGUUCCGCAAGGCACUCUACCAGAGCGGGAUCUGGGUGCGGGGCGUCAGCGGUAACCAGGGGCGACCUCGUAGCGUCGCUCCAGAGACGUUCCGUCGGGGGACCGGCCACCUGAACCGGCUGACCAGCUGGCUGCGGCGGGAGCUGGCGGUGCUGCUCGGCCCGCACGCCCCGCUCAGCGACGUGGUGCUGCGCACCGUCACCGCCCGCGUCCUGCGCAGCGGCCUGGAGGACGCCGCCGCCAUAGAAGAAGACCUGCGGCCGUUCCUAUUGGCCCGCACAGAGCACUUUGUGCACGAGCUGGUGAGCUUCGCCCGCUCCUCGCUUAGCAUGGAGAACUACGACCAGCUGGCGGUGUACGAGCCGCCCGCCGCCGCCAUGGAGCUGGAGCCGCUCAGCAGCCCCUCCGACGGCAGCUCCGUCAUCGCCAUCUCUGAGGAUGAGGAAGAGGAGGGAGGAGGAAGAGCAGAGGCAGCGACAGGAAGUCACGAUGAUGUAAUACAAACAGGAAGCAGUCUCAGCCUGUCCGGCUGGGACGAUGAGACGCCAGGACCGUCGUACACCUCGGCAGAGCCGCCACAUUCACUCACCACGCCGCCGCCGCCGCUCAGCCCGGCACCUCAGCAGCCGGCCAAUCAGGAGGGAGCAGAGCCGCGCGGCGAGGAGGAGGAGUGUCUGAUCGUCGGAUACAAGAAGCCGAUCGCUGAGAGAACUCCAGAGCUGGUGCAGCUGUCCUCCGACAGCGAGGAAGACGAGGGAGAGAAGAAGAAGAAGGAGGAGCAGGAAGUGGAAGUUGGCUCAGCAACGGUCGAUAAGACUCCGCCCCCUCCCGCUACCUACCUACCCAUAAUCCCUCCCUCCACGUCAGGAGCCUUCAGGGCGGAGCAGCAGAAGGAGGCGAACUCCCAGCGGCGGUCCGGUUCCUGGUCAGAGAGUUCUGGACGGAGCAGGAAGUCGGUCUGCUCCCUCAGCCCAGCGACGCCGGAGCGCCGCCGGAGGGACAGGAAGCAGCAAGGCGAACGCCGGAGAAAGAAGAAGAAGCAGCGUGGGCGGGACCAGAGCAGAGAGCCUCAUGGGAAGAGCGGCACCUUCUGCAACCCCAACCGCUCCAUCUUCCCCCCCAUGAUGUCCCGCUGCUCGCCGUCGCCAUUCGACUCCAGCGCUGACUCCGCCUCCUCGCCGCCGCCGAGCCCGCCGGACUCCGGCUGGGAGCUCCGCUUCAGCCAGGUGUCCCCCCUCACCUCCUCCGCCUCCUCGCCCUCCCGCUCCUUCUCCCCGUUCUGCUCCUCCCCGGGAACGCCGCCCUCCCCCUCUUGCUCCCCCAAGCGCCCGCAUCACGUGGAGAAACCCGGCGGGAAGAGGAAGUACAAGAGCCGCCACCUGAACAGCAGCAAGGACCUGACAUGGAGGCCGAGCCGCGGCCGGCAGCGCGACAGGGAGCGCAGGAAGAGGCUCCGCAGGGAGGCGGAGAGGCGGGACAACGGCCUGAAGACAGGAAGCAGCAGGAGGUCCAGAGACGACCGCAGUCCCAGCGUGGAGAUCAUCUACGAGGGAACCAUCGACUCCGGCGCCGCGCAGCCGUCCGCUCACAAGCGCCGCCGGAGACGCCACCGCAGGGCGCAGGUCACCAGCUCUCCGGUCAUCAUCACCCUGGACAGCGACAGUAGCCAUGACGACGGCCAGAAGAAGACCAACAGCGGCAGCAGCAGCCCCCUCAGCAGCCAGCAGACCAUCGACUUCUCCGACCUCCCGUUGGCUCCCUCCGCCGGAGUGGGCGGGGCCGUGGAGGUGGGGGAGCUUCCCGCCGACAUCCUGGACCGGGGGUCCGACGGGUCGGAGUCGGAGGCGCCGGUUCGGUCCGGAGCUGCGCGCCGAGGCGACGGCAGCUACGUGGACGUCGAGAACAUGGAGGACACCGUGUCUCUGCUGGACACAUCUGACGACCAGCAACCGGAGGCCGACGCCAAGAAACUGGGCCACAGAGAAGACCCGUCUGACCGGUACCUGCUGGAGGCCAUCCUGGACGACCUGAACCGGAUCGCUCCACCAAGACAGAACCUGUCCCAGGACGGCGGCUUCCUGUCGAAGAACAGAGAGCGGACGCCGCAGGAAGUCAUCCGGCUGGAGGAGAGGACAGGUUCCGGUCCAACAUCUGUCACCAGCUGUCAGCAGAACUCGGACUCCGUCCCGCCUCCACUGGAGAGGAUGGAGGGUCGGGAAGUCCCGCCUCUCCUCCGGCGGGCCAGUCCAGUCGGGUCGUACAGCAGGAACACGCCGCCGCCUCUCAAACACAAGGAUGCUGGGAGUCCGCCGCGCGGCGCCGCCGGCCCGCCAGACGUUGGGCCACAUUGUUCCUCCCACCCGAAUACGACUGGCAGGAACUCACCGGGUCUCGUCCCACUCGCCAUUCCUCCCAUAGCAACCAUCCAGAACCAGCUCGGCGUGUCACCGUCUGCCAGCGGUGCCGCGCUCGCCUCCUCCUCCCCCAGGCUCCCGGUCCGGUCCGGUUCUGAUCGGCUCCCCAGCCUGAGGUUUGGUUCUUUUCCCUCCAUGGAGUCGUUCCCCAGCAGCGAAAGCUUGAAGCUGAAUUUACCUUUGACCCCUGUGACCUCCUCACAUUCCUCGGAUCUCCACCCGGCUCACCCCAGGAACCCGGUCAGCCCGACCCGUCGGGUCGGUGCCGGUGGUCUCGGUCCAUCUGGCUGGGACUUCUUCUCAGGUCUGAACUCUCUCAGUGCUGCUGCUUUCCGACCGGACCGGCCGCCAGCAGGGGGCGUCCGUCCUGACCUCACCGCCGCUGCAGGAGGUCAGGAGGUCGGCGUCUCUGACUCCGCCUCCAACCACAAGGCCUUAGCUCCACCUCCAUCACAACACGCCCUCUGCUUCAUCCAAUCAGAGCACAGUUCUCAGUCCAAGUCCCAUUCUGAACCGAUUCACCUCUCAGAGUCCAACUCGGCAUCAAAGAACCGGAACAAUCCGAGCUCCAGCGUCCCGCCGGGCUCACUGGGCCAGAACCAACAGCAGAGUUCGCAGGCUACGCCACCCAGCACACACCCACAUGACUCCGCCCACCACCCACAUGACUCCACCCGACUCUCAGACUCCUUUGACUCCGCCCACAGACGAUCUUCCAGCCGACUCUCUGACUCCGCCCACCUCCUCUCUGGCUCCGCCCCUAAAUCCUCCCACAGGACCUUUGAACCUCCGUCAGACAAUCAGCCGUUGGGUCGGCCGUCUGAUCGGCUCUCUGGAGAAAUUCCUCCCUGAUUCUGGGGAAAAUUUACAGAAAUAAAUACAGAAAGUUUGUUUUUAUUUUUUAUUGUUUCUGUUUUUUGUCUGUUGUUGGACUGAAAGUGACCAGGUUGUUUUUAAAUGUCAGGACUGCUUUUUACUUUAAAUUCCGGGACUACGACCCAGUUAUCGUGUUCUGAUCCAAAUAUAUUUAUGCUUUUUAAUUUUUUUAUCCUAAAGAAAUGUGUGGAAGCUGUUCAGGAAACAUCUGGAGAAACGACCAGAUGUUUGGUUUGAUUCAGGUUGAGAGCUGCUGGUCGCUGAAUGGAUGAGUUCAGAGACUCUGAGCCACAGGAACUGGUUCUGGUUCUGGUUCUGGUGGACAUCCUGGCCGUUCUUCACUGGUUCUGUAAGGAGACCUGAAUAAAAAGGUUGAUCUGAAAAUCA